AUGAAGGGCAGCUCAAUAUUUCAGUUUAAAGGAUGGCCCAAAAUCCAUCAGCCGCUGCCGCGUACUCCGCGUGAAUCCCAGCAACUCCUCAACGCUCUCACCUCCUCCUUUCGCCGUCAGCUCGAUCAUGCAUACCCGGCAUCCCAUGUCUCCAGCCAGAAAGGGGAUCGACAGCCCUUGAAUCCCGAGUCUUCGGCCCAUGCAACGGAUCAGCAUUUGCAUAACAUUCUGGACAACCCAUUGUUUCGACUUGUGCCUCGAAAACUCCCGCCGGUUGAUCGCAACGCACUGCCGAACGAUGAGAAGACACGAAUGACAGAAACCCCCAUGGUCGUGUUUGAUGAGCUCGUAGCGUCGGGCUCAGUCACUGUGCCAGCCGCUGUCGCUUGUUUAAAAUCCCAACUCCUCCUUGCGCGAUCUCCUGAUGACCGCGGAGUCAGUGAAGCCAUGAAAGCCUCAAAAGCCGCUUCCAAAGUGACCAAUUGGUUUCGGACUACGGAUGAUGCCACUAGGCUGGCAUCCUUGCAAUCGCGGGCCUUUACAAGCGCUGUGGCCAAAUUUAUGGCUGCUGAGGGCCUUCAUAGCACUACCGCCUUGGAUUGGCUGCGUCUGUUAAUAAGUCAAGAAGUGCACGCCAGACAGGCUUUCACUCACCUCGUUGAAGAUUUCCUCGAUGCCGAAGUUCGAUAUGGGCGUGGCUUUGGCUCGGCUUUGGAGUUCUACUUGCAGGUGUGCAAGCUGUGCAUUGCGUCUCCCCAAGCUAACGGAUCCGCCCGAUCACUGCUGGUGGCAGCAGGUGCUCAACUUAGCCGGGUGGCCUUGGAUCAGAAGCCAUCCAUUGGAGAUGUCUCAAUUGGCCUUUAUGAACAUUACAUGGAUGUGAUCGCUACCUUCACUUCAAAUCGGUCACUUCUCUUUAGCGCCGUGGCAGUCUGUCAUCCCACUCAGCCCGACCCACGACCUUUUAUUCGCUUCGUGGAAAAUUGCACGCCGAGCAAGUUUCAGAAAUAUAGUGCAGUCAGGCGGGAUGCCUUCCUUCGCAUUGGCUGUGAUGCUCUGCGUAUACUCAUGGUCGAACGGGAUGACUACCGCAGUGCCACCAAAUUGGCUCAGCAGAUGCAGAGCCUAUUUCCUGAUACGAAAAAAUCUACUGUGACUGACAAAUCACGCAACCCCGCCUCGCUGGAUGAGGACUAUCUAGUCAGUCGUUUGGACUUAAACCUGACUUGA